UGCAUAUUGUGUCAUUUAACGAUUAGGACGCCUAAAUGCGUUAAUUUCACAUUUGGAGAGCCAAAAUUGGGUGUCAACAAACAUAAAAGGUAUCCUGUUAGCAGCUCAAAUGCAACUAGUUGUGACUACUCUAUUAGUUACAGUCACCUUUGCAGCUGGUUUUACAUUACCGGGAGGAUUUGAAAGCGAUGACAAUAGCCCUAAUAAGGGGAUGGCAGUUCUAAUAAGAAAAUCAGCAUUCCGUGCAUUUGUUAUAACGGAUGCCAUCGCCUUUACAUGCUCCAUUGGUGUUAUAUUCAGCUACUUUUAUAUGGCGAUAAAUCCUUGUCCAAUGGUCUAUCAGGAUUUGGGUUAUUUGUGGUCUCUCAGUAAAGUUGGAGCUAGGUCGCAGCUCGUGGCAAUGUCAGCAGUUGUAAUUGCAUUUGUAACUGGCAUGUAUGCUACUUUAGCACAUUCAGUUGGUCUCCCUGUUACUGUCUGUGCCAUCGGUUGUAUCUUUUUCAUUAUGUACAUGUGGGCAGUGCUGAGGCCAUUGCACCUCUUUCAUUGUGUACAAACUUCUGUUAUGUUCCUUGUACUGAACUCGCGAUAUAUAUUAGUAAUGUGUAAGAAAAAGACUAGUGAAAGUCAUGAACAUGAGCAGAGACAACGAUCAAGUGUUAGUAAUUGA